AUUUACGUUUUGGCUGACGACGAAUUGAAGUCUGUGCCUGUGACUCAACAAGGUGGAAGCACUCGAAACUCGAGCAGCGGAAAUUAUAUCGUAGGUUUUCCAAAUUUUCUCCAGGAUGGAAGAGAUAUUAGACGAUGUCGUCACCUCUGCAGAGCUCAAGAGAUUCGAGGAAGAAUAUCACAAACAACUAGCACGAUCAGAAGUUACUCCCCAAACGCAAUUUGAGUAUGCUUGGUGCUUAGUUCGAAGCAGCUACUAUGGCGACAUCAGAAAGGGAAUUUUGCUUCUGGAAGACCUUUUCAAAAAUCCCCAGGCGUUGGACAAGCGAGACUACCUCUACUUCUUGGCCACUGGAUACGCGAGAAUAAAGGAGUACAGCAAAUCCCUGCAGUUCACUAAAGCCAUCCUCCAAAUUGAACCAGGGAACUGCCAAGUUCAGGAAUUAGAAAGGGUUGUCAAGGAGAGAAUGACGAAAGAGGGACUCGCUGGAAUGGCAGUGGCGGGAGGAGCUGUGAUUGCAGCCGCUGGAAUCAUUGGACUUAUUGGAAUGGCUCUGUCAAAGAAGUGAAUAGAAUUUUAUGAUUGUUUCUUUAUUAAAUAUUUGAGCUUCAGUGGUUGUCGCCGUUUGAGGAUCUACAGUAUAUAUUUGGCUAGCAAGCAAAAUAUUAAUUUUAUUUACACCAUAUUUGUUUGAGUUAAAUUCAAUUGCUAUCUUCCUGUUGUUUCGCUUCAUUUUCAAAAUCACGCUGUCUUUAUGAUAAGGACUAAAAUUUGCUUGCUGCUCUCAGACAUCAUUGAUUGAUAUUAUAUUGUUUAGUUUUUAUUUUUACUGCAUUUCCCCCCCCCCCCAAAUUAUAGUUAUCACUGAAGAAUUGUUAUCCAUAGAAACAAAAUUUAAGACUGGCGUAAGUGGAAGACAUUGUUUGAACAGGAUAUCUGUCACCAUGCCCUCUAUUCUAGUUUAGAAUUUUGUCUAUAAUUUUAAUUGAAGGCAAUUUUCCUAGAGUAUUUUUCUGCCGCUUUAAACUCUACUGUAAUUAAUAAUGAUGUGUAAUAAAUAUGUAUAAUAAUAAACACAUUUAAGUCUGAA